AUGUCACUUGCCGCAAGUAUUGUUAGUUUGGCGGUGUUUGUUCUUUUGGCUCACUAUGUCGUACGCUUGAUGUUGGAUUCCGUUUCACAUACCAGAGAAAUUCCAGGGCCCCUUUGGUCACGAUUGACGAACCUAUGGUAUUUGCGUCAAAUGAUCAAAGGAGACUUUCACAAUACCAAUAUCAAACUUCACCGUCAGAAGGGAACGAUAGUUCGAAUUGCUCCGAACUACUAUAGCUUGAGUGAUCCAGCAUGCCUCAAGACUAUCUAUGGCCUCGGAACGAAAUACGUCAAAUCAUCGUGGUAUGAUGCGUGGAACACAGAAGAAGAUCUUACUUGGACCAACCUUUUCUCCGAAAGAGACCCAAAGAAGCAUGCCGCCAGCCGCCGUAAAGUCGCAAGCAUGUAUUCCAUGACAACGUUGACGAGCUACGAGCCUUUCGUCGAUGGUUGUAUUAGCCUCUUCCGAAGACACCUUGAUCAGGCAGGCAGCUCGGCCUCCGCAGUCAAUCUUGCACACUGGGUCCAGUGCUACGCCUUCGAUGUCAUAGGAUAUAUUACAUUCGGAGAGCGAUUUGGGUUCCUCGAUAACAUGCUAGACGUGAGCAAUAUUAUCAAAAACCUCGAUGCCGCUGGUUCUGCAGCUUCGUAUAUCGGUUUGUUUAUCAUGCUCCGGCCUUUGAUAAUGAAAAUACUCCGUUUAAUGGGACUGUUAGGCACGGAUGCUUUGGCAGACUUCGCCGAAAGAAAUGUUAAAAUGGGUGGGUCGAGAAAAGCGAUCUAUGGCGCCGAGAAAAUUGCUUUCUAUUCACCUAUGCUAAAUAAACUCCUGGAAGCCAAGAAAGCUGCCCCCGGAAGAUUCACAGAAUGGGACAUCAUGGCCAAUGUUAUCUCCAACGUGGGAGCUGGGAGUGACACUACAGCUAUCAGUCUCAGUGCUGUAUUCUAUUUCAUCUACAGUAAUCCCGAGACUCUCCAAAGGCUUCGCGAUGAGCUAGAAGUUGCUGGAAUUGAUGAUAUCCCGAGGUUUAGCGAUACGCAAAAACUUCCAUACUUCCAGGCGGUGUUGAAGGAAUGUCUUCGCUUGCACCCUGGCACGGGGUUUCCGAUGUUUCGUGAAGUUCCUGAAGGGGGUGCUGUGAUAUCCGGCCAGUUCUUUCCAUCAAAGUUUGAUUGGAAUUAA